AUGACGAAUCUGGAGAACUAUCGCACACAGUCGGAGUACGAUAAUAGCCUGACGCUGAAGCUCUACCUUCUGCAAUUCGUGAACUACUACUCCUCCGUCUUCUACAUUGCCUUCAUCCAGGGCACAACUGCUUCCAUUCCAGGCGACGACAGCGUGCCUAUCCGCUCCUCAGGGUGUGACGGUGGCAAUUGCCUCUUCCAACUGUUCAUCCAAUUGGCGAUCAUCAUGGUGGGCAAACAGUUUCUCAACUUUGUCACCGAGAACACCAUUCCGUGA